CAGCGCUUUCCUCCCCUCUCCGUACUUUUCAUAACCCCUGGGUGCCAAGUGGAUUUGCGUCUACAUUCUCAAACGUGACUGUCCUGUUUGAAAGCCACGAGAAUGAAGGUUACUGAACAAGGCAGAAUGGGCAAACUCCUGCUUUUUGUCUCCUCGGUCCUGCUGUGUUGCUGCCGGACCACACGGGCAGAGAUCUUUACAUCCAUUGGGCAAAUGACAGACCUGAUCUACACAGAAAAGGAGCUGGUUCAGUCUCUGAGGGAGUACAUCAAAGCAGAGGAGUCCAAGCUGGCCGCUGUAAAAAGCUGGGCCAAUAAACUUGAUGCCCUGACCAGAGUGUCCACCGCUGACCCAGAAGGCUACCUGGCUCACCCAGUGAAUGCCUAUAAACUGAUGAAGAGACUCAACACUGAGUGGUCUGAACUGGAGAGCCUGGUACUUCAGAAUCCCGCUGAUGGGUUCGUCUCCAACAUGUCCGUACACAGACAAUAUUUCCCAGACGAGGAAGAUGAGACGGGUGCAGCCAAGGCGUUGAUGCGCCUGCAGGACACGUACCAACUGGAUUCUGAAGCCUUCUCCAAAGGAAAGCUGCCAGGUGUGCACUCCAAUGCUGUACUGACCGUGGAUGACUGCUUCGACAUGGGAAAGACGGCUUACAACGAUGCAGACUAUUACCAUGCCGUGCUGUGGCUGCAGCAGGCCUUGAAACAGCUGGACGAUGGCGAGGAAGCUGUGGUUUCCAAGGCAGACAUUUUGGACUACCUCAGCUACUCUGUUUACCAAAUGGGUGACCUCCCUCGAGCCAUUGAACUGACGCGACGGCUUGUAGCUAUUGAUCCCAGCCACCAGAGGGCAGGAGGAAACCUCCGUUAUUUUGAGCAGCUACUGAUGAAGCAGCUCCGUGAGAUGAACCAAGACUACCAGCCUCCAUCUGAGGAGCCCAUUCAGCUGGGAACCUACAGUAGACCCAAAGACCAUCUCCCAGAGAGAGACUCCUAUGAGGCUCUGUGCAGAGGAGAGGGGAUCCAAAUGACUGAAGCGAGGAGGAGCCGUUUGUUUUGUCGCUACCAUGACGGUAAAAGAAACCCUCGUCUUCUGCUGAAGCCUGUUAGAGAAGAGGACGAGUGGGACAGCCCCCACAUUGUGCGCUACCUGGAUUCGUUGUCAGAUGAGGAGAUUGAGAAGAUCAAAGAACUGGCAAAACCCAGGCUUGCAAGAGCCACUGUCCGUGAUCCCAAAACAGGUGUCCUGACCACAGCCAACUACAGAGUCUCGAAAAGUGCAUGGUUAGAAGGAGAGGAGGACCCCAUCAUUGACAGAGUCAAUCAGAGAAUAGAAGACAUCACCGGUCUCACAGUAGAAACUGCAGAGUUAUUGCAGGUUGCAAACUAUGGCGUGGGAGGACAGUAUGAGCCACAUUUUGACUUCUCCAGGAAAGAUGAGCCAGAUGCUUUCAAAAGAUUAGGCACUGGAAAUCGUGUGGCGACUUUUUUAAACUACAUGAGUGAUGUUGAGGCAGGAGGUGCCACAGUCUUCCCUGACUUUGGAGCAGCAAUCUGGCCAAGAAAGGGAACAUCGGUGUUCUGGUAUAAUUUGUUCAGGAGCGGCGAGGGAGACUAUAGGACCAGACAUGCAGCCUGUCCUGUCCUAGUAGGAAGCAAAUGGGUCUCAAAUAAGUGGAUUCAUGAGCGAGGUCAAGAGUUCAGAAGACCCUGUGGCCUGACAGAAGUGGACUAAAACUGACUUUACUCCUACACAGCACCCCGUGCUAUCUUGCAUAGAUAGAGCGCUUUAGGUUGAAGUUGUAAAAUGUUGCUUUUUUUGUUUCUGUCUUUGGGUUUUGUUUGUUUGUGCUUUGUGUGUUUGUUUGUUUGCUCUAUACAUGGAUUGCAUUUUGUGAACUGACUCACCCGCUCACUUGCUGGUCAGUCCAGUCUAACUGUGUGUCCACUGCUCUGUUUAUCAUCCUGUCCCAGAAGAUGAUUUUUACAAGUCUGAGUGGGAGGUUUGAGAUUUUUUGGUUUUGUUUGUUUGUAUUUGUUUUGGGUUGUUUUUUUUUUUAACUGAAAAAUAACUCAGAUCUUUGUUGUGCAUGGUCAUGCCACCCACACAUCAUUAAAUGGGCAAUUUAAAUUAAGAAUGAGAUAAACUGUGUCCUGAAAUGGAAUGAACAAAUAAA